ACCACGCCGCCGAAGGAUGAGAGCUACUUACAAGCAGUUGAACCUGCUUGUGAAGUUCAUGAGUGAUAAUCCCAACUUGGCGAAAGGCGUCAACUACAGGACCGCCUUUGGCAAGCAUUAUCACGACGCAAAGUGGCAAGAGCUGGCAAAUUUGCUAAAUGCUCAGGAGAAUGGCAUGAAUAAAUCACCAAGAGAAUGGAAUAGGUACUGGAAAGAUCUCAAAAGUGGUAUCAAGAAAAAGGUCCAAGCAAUGAAAAAGACUGGCCGUUCAAAACCCUUUUUGAGCAACAUUGAACAAAUUAUUUAUAAGAACCUGUGUAAUAAUAGAAGCAAAAAGAAUGCUGUUGCUGAAGAAACAGAUUGCAGUUAUCUCCAAAUCCCAACAGAGUCCGAUCAGGAACCAGAACAAUAUGAGGUAGAAUACUUGGAGGAUACGUCGUGUGACGAAACGCAAACGACAGACAUGACAGACAUAGAAUCAGCAAGUUUCGAUAUUGGCCUUCGCGACCCUACUCUCAAUGGUGUGAAAUCAGAACUAGUCGAUAGAAAUGGUCAAACCCUGGACCUUCUGGAUCGGGACCACUUCUUGAUAGAAACCAUUUUGAACGAGUCAAACUCCAACGCAGAAUCCAAACAAGACAUGCCAGAGGAAUCCAGUGUAAUAAACAACGUGAAGGUUAAAAAUAAUGAUAUCAAUCUAAACACGAAUAACUAUAACAGUACUGAUGUCUUAACAGAUAUACGAAAUCAUCUUAGGGAAUUAGUGGCUGUACAAAGAGACAGAGCGAGAAACGAACUAAGAGCAGCAAGCGCGCACGAAAGAAGGGCGAUUCUUGAAGAAAAGAGAGUGAAAAUAGAAGAAAGGCGCUUAAAAAUGGAGGAGAGGAGAGUUGCUUUAGAGGAAAGGAAAAUGGAAGCUCUAGAAAAGAGAUGUUUUGCACAGGAGAGGUUAGCAUCCGCAGCUGAGCGGAAAAAUGAAAUUAGAGAACACAAGAUGUCUAAUAGUAGUUUUGUUAUUACUUAA